UAGGCUAGCUUCGUCCACAACAUCUUAUGUGCUCCAUUGAAAUGUUUCCUUUGCUUGUGGAAAACAAAAUAACAUAAUGUUGUGACCGUUGAUAUAACAUGAAAUAUAUUUACGUCAUUUAUUAGAUGUUUAUAUUAAAUUAAUAAAUAUACAACAUACGUUUUUUAGAAAUAUGAUUAACUGGUUAUCUUUAAAAUGAAUAUUAAUCCUAUAUGAGUAAGUUUUUACCAAUAAUCAUAUUGCAUAUUGAAUUUCUUUUUUAUAUUAUCUUUUAACUCAAAAAGAUUCAAAGUAACGUCUCAACUUAAAUAUUUCGAGUUUUAUCUACCUUUUUUCUCUUUAAAUAAAUUGCCAAACAACAUUCCAUUAACAAUCACUUUACACCUCUCUUUCCUCUUCUAAUCACUUAUGGCUAAACCAAUUCUCACACUUUUGUUUCUUCUCUUGUCCAACUUCUCAGUAAGGAGUCUGACGUUAGCAGAUGGACAGAAGACUUGGUGUGUGGCUAAACCUUCAUCAGAUGAUAUGGCACUUGAGCAAAACUUGAUUUAUGCAUGCAAAUAUGUGAAUUGCAAUAUAAUUAAAGAGGGUGGUCCUUGUUUUUCACCAAAUAAUUUGAUGAAUCAUGCUUCUAUUUCCAUGAAUUUGUACUAUCAAUUUACUGGAAGACAUCCUUGGGAUUGUUACUUUAAUAAUUCUGCCCUUGUUGUCAUGACUGAUCCAAGUUAUGGUGGCUGCAUCUAUGGGUGAAGUCAUCAAGCCAUGGUUAGGAGAAGCAACUCAUGAGGAGAUUAUUAUCAUCUUUUUUAAUUAUUUUUUUAAUAAAAAAGUCAAUUUCUUCUUAUUUUUUCGCAAAAUCAAAUUAAGCGACUUAUGUCUAAAUUUAUGUGAUACAUUUGUCUUUUUAAUCUAUUACAAUGGAAUGUUACAUUCAUAUAAUAAAAAAAUAAUUUAACUUUGCAAUUCUUUCUUUUACCCUUUAAUGGAAUAAUAUAUAUCAUUAAAUAAGAUUAUUUUAGUUCACA